GGUGCGGCAGAGGCGGAGCGCGGCGCCGGGCGGACGAGAUGCGAGCAGGGCCGCUCUGGGCCGCCGUCCUGGUGCUGGGGGCGCUGGCGGGCGUCGGCGUCGGAGGGCCCAACAUCUGUGCCACACGAGGUGUGAGCUCCUGCCAGCAGUGUCUGGCUGUGAGUCCCAUGUGUGCCUGGUGCUCAGAUGAGGCUCUGCUUCCGGGCUCACCCCGCUGUAACCUGAAGGAGAAUCUGCUGAAGGAUAACUGUGCCCUGGAGUCCAUCGAGUUCCCUGUCAGUGAGGCCACAAUCCUGGAGGCCAGGCCCCUCAGUGACAAGGGCUCUGGAGACAGCUCCCAGAUUACUCAAGUCAGCCCCCAGAGGAUUGCACUCCGGCUACGGCCAGAUGAUUUGAAGAACUUCUCCAUCCAAGUUCGGCAGGUGGAGGAUUACCCUGUGGACAUCUACUACUUGAUGGACCUGUCUUAUUCCAUGAAGGAUGAUCUGUGGAGCAUCCAGAACCUGGGUACCAAACUGGCCUCCCAGAUGCGUAAGCUCACCAGUAACCUGCGGAUUGGCUUCGGGGCCUUUGUGGACAAGCCUGUGUCACCAUACAUGUUCAUCUCCCCACCAGAGGCCCUCAAAAACCCCUGCUACGAUAUGAAGACCACCUGUUUGCCCAUGUUUGGCUACAAACACGUGCUGACGCUAACGGACCAGUGGACCCGCUUCAAUGAGGAGGUGAAGAAGCAGAGUGUGUCACGGAACCGAGAUGCCCCGGAGGGUGGCUUUGAUGCCAUCAUGCAGGCCACAGUCUGUGAUGAGAAGAUUGGCUGGAGGAAUGAGGCAUCCCACUUGCUGGUGUUUACCACUGAUGCCAAGACCCACAUAGCGCUGGAUGGAAGGCUGGCAGGCAUUGUCCAGCCCAACGAUGGGCAGUGUCACGUUGGCAGUGACAACCAUUACUCUGCCUCCACUACCAUGGAUUAUCCCUCUCUCGGGCUGAUGACUGAGAAGCUAUCCCAGAAAAACAUCAAUUUGAUCUUUGCAGUGACUGAAAAUGUAGUCAGUCUCUACCAGAACUACAGUGAGCUCAUCCCAGGGACCACAGUGGGGGUUCUGUCUACUAAUUCCAGCAAUGUCCUCCAGCUCAUUGUUGAUGCUUAUGGGAAAAUCCGUUCUAAAGUGGAGUUGGAAGUGCGUGACCUCCCUGAACAGUUGUCAUUAUCCUUCAAUGCCACGUGUCUCAACAACGAGGUCAUCCCAGGCCUUAAGUCUUGUGUUGGACUCAAGAUUGGAGACACGGUGAGCUUCAGCAUUGAGGCCAAGGUACGUGGCUGUCCCCAGGAGAAGGAGAAGUCCUUCACCAUCAAGCCUGUGGGUUUCAAAGACAGCCUCACUGUCACGGUCACCUUCGAUUGCGACUGUGACUGCCAAGCCCAGGCUGAGCCUUACAGCCACCGCUGCAACCACGGCAACGGGACCUUUGAGUGUGGGGUGUGCCGCUGCGGGCCUGGCUGGCUGGGGUCCCAGUGCGAGUGCUCGGAAGAGGACUACCGCCCCUCCCAGCAGGACGAGUGCAGCCCCCGGGAGGGCCAGCCCAUCUGCAGCCAGCGGGGCGAAUGUCUCUGUGGCCAGUGUGUCUGCCACAGCAGUGACUUUGGCAAGAUCACGGGCAAGUACUGUGAGUGUGAUGACUUCUCCUGUGUCCGCUACAAGGGGGAGAUGUGCUCAGGCCACGGCCAGUGCAACUGUGGGGACUGCCUGUGUGACUCCGACUGGACCGGCUACUACUGCAACUGUACCACACGCACCGACACCUGCAUGUCCAGCAACGGGCUGCUGUGCAGCGGGCGGGGCAAGUGCGAAUGUGGCAGCUGCGUCUGCAUCCAGCCUGGCUCCUACGGGGACACCUGUGAGAAGUGUCCCACCUGCCCUGAUGCCUGCACCUUUAAGAAGGAGUGCGUGGAGUGUAAGAAGUUUAACCGGGGAGCCCUAUACGAGGAGAAUACCUGCAGCCGCUACUGUCGUGAUGACAUUGAGUCUGUGAAGGAGCUUAAGGACAGUGGAAAGGAUGCUGUGAAUUGCACCUACAAGAAUGAGGAUGACUGUGUCGUCAGAUUCCAGUACUAUGAAGACUCCAGUGGGAAGUCCAUCCUGUAUGUGGUAGAAGAGCCAGAGUGUCCCAAGGGCCCUGACAUCCUGGUGGUCCUGCUUUCAGUAAUGGGGGCCAUUCUGUUUAUUGGCCUCGCUACUCUGUUCAUCUGGAAGCUCCUCAUCACCAUCCAUGACCGGAAGGAGUUUGCUAAAUUUGAAGAAGAGAGAGCCAGAGCCAAAUGGGACACAGCCAACAACCCACUGUAUAAAGAGGCCACAUCCACCUUCACCAACAUCACCUACCGGGGCACUUAAUGACAGUCAUCCUCAGAGCACUGUCAGACUGUCCCAGGAUUGUGGGUGUCUCAGCUGUCCUGUUUACAGGGACAAUAUCUGUGGGGCGGGAUUGGGGGCUUGGAGUGGGGUGGGUUGGAAGAAUGUGGGUCUCUGUGCGUGUGUGCGUGUGAGUGUGCUGUGUGUGAGGGAGUGUGUAAUUUAAAAUUUGUGAAGUGUCCCGGAUAAGCGGAGCUCCUCAGCCUUUGUCCUCAGGACGCCCUCUUCAGGGAGUCUUCCUGCUUAACCUGAGGGUGACCUACGCAGCUGAGCAGGUAUUCUUCAUUACCUCAAUGGGAAGCCAGCUUUCCUUCUUGGGCCAUUCUCUUGAAGAGAAGGGUAGGGCCGAGGUCUCUCUUUCCAGAGAAAGGGACCUUGAUUUACCCUGUGUGUGUGGUUCUGGGGCCUGACUCUCAGCAGCUCUGGUGGGAACUGCUGGGCUUUGCAGCCUUUAUCAUCUAUACCUCUGUCUCCUCUCCCUUCCCUCAGGCUGGAGGAGGAAUCAGGCGAGAGCUGAACCAUCAGAGCUGCCUGUCUUUGCUAUCAGCUCAGUCCAGCAUGGUUCUCUAUUAAGAGAAGUCCUUGCUACGUAAUUCUUAAGUCUACUGGGAGCAAGGAUGGCAGGGCCACCCAGGGGUCACCACGCAUGGCCUGGAGGAGGGUGCCCAUGUUCCCUAGUUUGUGAUCAUAACCCUUCAGAUUCGCCUCAUUGGCAGCUCUAGAAGAAACGUGUCGCCCUUAGACCAGCACCACCUCUUUACCUCCUAGUCCACGCUCUCACUGCUGUAGACAUCUGCUACGUGGUGGGGAUUUCUCUCAUGACCGAAUGCUUUCGUCCCAGGGGGAGUGCUAUGGUUAGAGCCAGAGGUCUGCCCCACCCUUUGGGCCCUCUGCUCCUUGUCCAGGGCACCUCCACAUGUCCACCCCCGUGCUCCUAUGUGCUCCAUCCACCCGUGGGGCUGAUUGCACUUAUCUACCUCGUGGGUGUCUUGUGAAGGGAUCAUUCCCAGGGGUCUCUGAGUCUGCUGGGCCUAAGUGCCAGGCUGGAAUGAUGGGCCAGUUGUAUCAGCAUGUGUGGCCUAUUUUCCUGUGGGCUGGGCAACCUCAUUUUAACUCAGUCUUUAAUCUGAGAGGCCACAAGUGCAAUUUUGUUUUACUUUUCUUGUUGGGGCACCUGAAACUAUGAUGAGACUUGCUUAAUCUAAAGGAGCAUGUAUAUAGACACAUUUGCAUUUAUAUUUGUAAUUUUAUUUGAUGAUGAGGAAGAAGGAGAUUUAAAAAAAAAACACACAGAGACUUGGGCUGGAUGGAGACUCCCACUUGGCAUCAUUUAUAGCAAGUCACUGCCCAGUUGCUGGAUCUGGAAGGGCUUCUCAUCUGGAAGCCUAUGGGUAUGGACACAUGGACAUGCUGGACCUUUCCUGAGGAGGAGGAAAAUGGGCUGCUCUUUUUUUCUAGCAAAAGCAGUUGCUCCACUGGUGUUUACAUUCAUUCAACAUUAACAACCACCCUCAUUCCCCUUCCCCACCCCCACCCCCCCCCAAAAGGGGAAGGGCUUCUCAUGAUCAGAAAAUCUAAGCCUUGGCCUCAGAGUUUCAGCUAAGGAAACUUGAACCUUAAUUAAGACAAGUCACUUUCUUCUCCCUGGGGCUAAAUUUUCUAGUUUGAAAAAUGAUGUGUUUGUACCAGCCAGUCUAGAAAGGUCUCUUUCAGUAUCAGCACUCUGUGAUGCUGGGAUUUACUGUAUGUGGCAUCAAACUUGCAAUCAAGAUUCUGUGGGAUGUUGGUGCUGUUUGUUUUUGCAGUUGAGAGAUCUUAGAGACCUGGCUUUGGCAAAAGCAGAUGUCAUCCCGUGUCACCUUUCUCAAUGAAAAGGUUUCUUUCUAUCAUCCUCUUUCAAAACCCCUUCUCCAGCUUUUGUUAGCAGUUACAUCUCUGGAUGUAGCACCUAAGCUCCACUUAGUUAUUUCUUUGUUCACUUUGCACACAGUUACAUCCACAUGUUAGGGAAGAGGGACCCGUAAGAACUAGCUGAAAUAUGUAUUCUGUAUCCAUGUGUUAACAUUGAAAAUAAACCUUGGAAUUAGGAAUGAGGCAGCUGACAGAGCCCUGUCUCGCUCAUGGAUUAUUCCUUCCUGCAGGGGAUGGUAAUGUAGUAGAGAGAUAAAGCGGGGAGGGACGAUCAUGAAUCCAAGAAGUUUAGAACCUAGCUGUAACCUUUGGCUGCUGAGAAAAGACCCCAUCAGAGUAGGAGUUGGAUAUUUUCUUUAGAUAAGAUGGUUUAUAUGAAGAAACUGUAUCAAAGGAGGCAGGACAUGUAUCUAAAGGAUGAAAAAAAUCAGUGGGAAUCUUGUCUGAGCUUCUACAAUGAGGCUCAUAGGCUUUGAAGACCAGUACUGUUUGUAUGUGGGGAGAGCCUGUAGUUGUGUUCACCAGAUAGCAGAUACCAGUCAGUUUUGGCAUCUUGCAGGGUGAACAUGUAAAUAGUAUUUUAGCAUCAGACAACACAGCCUGAAGAGGUUAUUUGUGCCCAGCUCAUUUGGAGACAUUUUAUGAUGAAUCUCAGGGUCUGUGGACAAUAAUGGGAAACUUUGAACAUUCCUGACAAGUUCACAUAGAAGUCAGUUCUUUACCUCUCACAUAUUCCUAGACCAUCCAUGGUUUCAAGAUACUUCUCUUGGUUAAGUAUUCCUGGUCAAAAUUACUUAACGUGCCUUCCUGACUUCCUUAACCACCUCCUCUGUUUGAGUUGUGCAACAGUGAAUUAAAUGUGCUUUCCAAAAAGAA